AACAAAGGUUAUAAUUUAAAUUAAUGCUCCCACAAGGCAGUACUUGUAAUAACAGUGAUCACUUGUAACGCUGAUAGCUAUUCAUAAAGUGUCUUUUGCUGUAAAUUAAUGCUAAAUAGUACUAAAUCAUCUUAAAAUUAAAUUAUUGCCUAAACUGGUAAUUUUUUAUGUUCACUUUUUUAUCUUCUAUUACCACCUUUACUUUUUUUGCUUUAGGACUCACUAUUAUGAUAGAUAAUGUACAUUAUGGAAUGUCUGGUGACAGUGUUUACAAUGGUGUCAGUUGGCAGAAUGCUAUGAGAUAACGGAGAUGUGUAAAAGAAGCCAAUCCAUGUGCUGGGGGGCUGCUCUACAUGUCUGGCGGCUAAUAUUUCCAACUCUUCUAUUUUGAAUUGAAAUUUCUCCUUUCCUUCCACUUUCCUUGCUGUUCUAUCAGGUCGGUAUUAUGGUGGUGAAUUCCCCUUCUCCCCUGCCAGAGAGGGCCAUCUAUGGAUUUGUCCUCUUCUUGGGCUCUCAGUUUGGUUUUUUUUUGUAUUUGGUGUGGGCAUAUGUGCCAGAGUCUUGGCUACAUUCAAUUGGGCUUACUUACUGGCCUCAAAAGUACUGGGCCCUGGCUGUGCCAGUCUACCUGCUGGCUGCUGCCAGCGUGUGUUUUAUUCUACUAUUUGGUGUGAACAUGAUGAAUACCGCUCCCCUGAGCUCUGUGGACACUGUGACAGAUUCUUUUGCCAGAAGCCAGCAAGUGGAAGUGUAUGAGAAGGGUACAAUACCAAGGUUAAAAGAUGCUUCUAUCAGUGAAGUGAAUCAGAUUUUCUACCUUUCACCUCAAAACUCUCACCAGUGAUCAAAAUGAGUUGCAAGAGCUGACUUUUUUAUAAAGAAUAAUGUGUAUUACUUAGCUAUGUGAAAACAUUUUUCUUAAUAUUUAAUUUUUAUUUCAUAUUUAGCUACUUCAGCAUGAGAUUUUUACUGUGAAGCUGAAUUGUGUGAUAAGCUAAAUAUGUAACAAGCUAUGCUAAUUACCAUGUUCUCAGUUUGAAUGUGAACUCAGUGUCUGUGUUGCAUUUUACACUGGGAGCACAAGUGACCCCACAACCCUUAUGUUUAAGACCAGCAGUGGUUUUAUAUACCAGACUGACCCUGAUUGCUGUGUUCUUAGCAGAAAUUACAGCCAAGUGAACACAUGUUGAUACUGUGUAUCAGUGUUAUUGUACAUUGAAUAACAGCUGACAUGCUGCGAUACACAUGUUGGUCGUUUCUUGUUACUGUCUUCAUCUUGGUCUUUUCGGUCUCCAGCAUCACUUCCUGUAAUAUGGUAUCAUUAGUGCUCUUUGUCACUUUGGUGGGAAGAGAGCUCUACAAAAAUAAACUGUAUUAAACUGAACUGUA